AUAUUAGCAGCGCAAGCAAGAAAAAGAGGAGCCAGCAGAUCAGAUUCAUCCAGAGAUCCAGAGAAGAAUCGGAACUCUUUUUCGCCAGGAUUAUUAGCUCUCGCAGACACGAACGAUGGCGAGCGGCGGCUACGGCUACGGCGGCCCCUACUCCUCCUACCAGCCUGCGGCCGCGCCCUUCUACUACGCGCAGCGGCCGGCGAGGGGCGGCGGCUCGCGCCCGCCGCUCCACCUCUUCCUGCUGCUCGCGACGCUCCUCCUCCUCGCCGCCACCUCGCUGUACGCGCGGUGCGAGGCGGCGGUGGAGGGCAUGGUCCAGCAGCUCCGGCCGCUGCUCAUCCUGUCCCCGCUGCUGCUCAUCGUCGCCGUGCAGCUCUGGGUGGCGACCAGCGGGGAUCAUCAAGGGCGAGGCGGGGGCGCACUCGCGUACCUCCUCGAGCAGGUGGCUCCGUCGGACCAGUACUACAGGAGCGGCACCUCGUACGGCCGGUGGGACGCCGGCUCGUCGCCGUGGGGCGUGGCGGUGGUGCUCGUGCUCGUCCUGAUCUUGGUCUCGUACCAGUCUUCGUUCCAGGAGUGGCGGUUGUUCCCGCUGCGCGGCCGGUGAAGAGGUGCGAUGAACGGCGUGAAGUUAGGCUGCGUCGGCGUGCAUGGAGCUGCUUGCGUGAUCAGGGCCAUGGUUGGCAUGAACCACUCUGUUGUGUUGUCGGAGGAGCUAGCCAUGGUUGGCAUGGCCUUUAUAAUGCCAUGAAUCCCUACAUCUAGAUGCAGGGUUCUGCUGGUUUUCAUACAGCUUAGUUAGAGAUGCAAGAAUUUCACAUGAAGCGGAUUUGUUUCUCUGGUUGAAUGAGCAAAUAUAUUCUUGUUUCAUCCUAAAA